AUGGCGUCUCGAUCGCGCAACCAUCACAAUCGCUACGACGAUCCUUAUGUCUUUGACGACCCGUAUCGUCAUUCGAAUUCGCCUAUCAAUGACACCGGGUACGAAUACGUUGGUACUGAAGAAGCCUCCAUCGCUCCCAAAUCUCAUCGCGGUACAUCCCCAGGUCCUGAACCACGUCGACGACAAAGUCCCUCUAGGAGAAACUCCAGAACCACCAGCCCUCCUCGGUAUAAACGCGAUAGAGCACAUACCCUACCAUUAAGACCUGAUCGACGCUCAUCACCCCAUAGAACUUCUCGACAUGCCUCGCCACCUCACACCGACAGGAGGGCAUCUCGAAGUAAACAGCAUGAAGAUCAAGGCUUCCUUCAACGGCCGGGUGUUAAACGUACCAAGUCUAUAGGCCAGAAAGGCUUAAAAUUCCUUAGCGAAGCGGCUGCAUUAUACGCUGCAACACAGGGCGGACCAGGUGACCGAGACCGAGACCGCUCGCAGAGUCGCGAUAAUUCUCGCCGUAGCUCCCAUUAUGAUUCGGAACCAAGACACCGUCCUCGUCAUCGGCACCACUCUCCUACCCCUUCCCCGUCGCCCCACAGGAGGCGUUCACGGGCAUAUAGCGAUAGUAGACAUCGGAGACGCAGAUCUCCGUCUGUAAGUGACGAGUCAGAUUAUGAACGCGAUCGAGGUCGACACCACCGACGAUCCCGAGCCAAUUCAUACACUCAGAGUCCGUCACCGUCUCCUCCGCGUCACCGGAGCCGUAAAUCUAAAUCAGUGUCGGCCGGCGUCGGAUCUUCCAAGGUACCUGACGAAGUUGUUGCCCAUAGAUGGCAAAUGGCUGCUCGAGCAGCUCUUGAAGCGGGUGGCCUCACUGCCUUCAGACUUCGCAAGGACCCAGGCAGCUGGACAGGCGAGAAGGGCGCCAAAAUAGCCACAGCUGCUUUGGGAGCAGCAGCGAUCGACGCCUUUAUCGACAAGGACCCAAGACGAGUAAAAUCCAACGGGGUCAUGGGGUUCGCUGAAAACACGAUUAGCAGCAUGAUCGCAUCGAAACUGAUGGGUGUCAAGGGCCCUGGUAAAAACGGGGGUAAAUCGAAACACUGA